AUGACUAUGAGAGGAGAUACCAUCCAAGAGUCAAGCCCCAGUGGUGACAAGGCCGAGACAAAGGCUGGCAUGAUCGGCGAUGUCAAGAACCUGUAUCAAUCGAAGCCAGAUAACCGUGGGAAGACAACCUGGGUCCAGGAUUACCCUGAUGACCUCAUUGCCGCCGCCGAGAACUCGGAGACAGCCAAGUACGCUCUUCUUGUACGUAACAAGAAAUGCUACAACGGCCGCAAAUCACUUGAGAUCGACUCUCUUGUCGUGCAGAGCCCCUUGCUCAAGGAUAGGCUGGGUCAUGUCUUGAAAGACUACCCUGGCGUAACCACCAAUUUGGACCGGUUAACGUUCAAGGCCCCGUUCAAGGAGUUUGUCCAUAGGUGGAAAGCUUUGGUUGAGGCCCUGAACGAAGAGUCAGACCCUGAGACGAAGAGUCACCUAGAUAUUCUGCAUCGUGUGUUGGAGGUAGAGCUCCGAGACGACCUGAAAGCUCUCGACGACUACAUCCAGAACGGAGUCAUCACCUAUGAUACCAUCUGGAUGCUUUUCGAGCCUGGUGAGCUGAUUUUCGGCUCUCAGCAAUCGCAGCCAGCAGUCGGGAAGCUGUCGCAAGGUAGUUACCAGCAGACACGAUGUGGUAACUACUACUCUCUCAGUUGCAACAUGGUUGACUGGGAUGGUGAGAAUUUUGGAUGGGAUAGCACUGGCUUCAAAGUACCUGCAUUCCUCGGUACUGCGAGUAUUACCAAGCUCGCCGCCUUCCCAUUGAACUAUCAUCCGAAGCUUGAGAAGGUCAAAGCUGAGCUGGUUGAGCGUGGGAGAGCCUUCGAAGCCCUUGGUGGCUCUCACUAUAAGCAGUACUCUGGCAUUGCCAUUGGUCAGGGGCCAUGGGGCCCGAUCAAGUACAAUGUUGAUAGCCGCAUCAUCAUCGACACUUACGCUUGGAACCGUUUCAACCCCAACCGCCAAAUCUCGCUCAACCGCAUCACCAACAAGGCCAAUGACAGCGGCAUCGAAUGGACUGAUGACGAUUAUGACAGUGAUGAGGAAGACUCCUAUUCCGAAGUCUCCACCCCCGAUGGCGACUGCGGUCUAGACAGCGGAAACCCCGACGAGAUCAAGCCCGACACCGGCCUCACCGACAAAGAGCUACUCAUGUGCAACUGCGUUCUCCGCGGGUACUCCCUCCGCAACAAAAAAUGGCUCGAAUUCGCCAUCGCCUCCGUCCGCGAUAUCAACUUCAGCACCGGCGCCUUUGACAGCCUCGUCCUCCCCCAAGACCACAAAGAGCUCAUCCUUGCACUCACCGAGUCCCAAGCUGCCAACAAAGAAACUUUCGACGACGUCAUUCAAGGCAAAGGAAAAGGAAUGAUCAUGCUCCUCAGCGGCCCCCGGGCGUCGGCAAAACCCUCACCGCCGAGUCCGUCGCUGAGAACAUGA